AUGGUUAACAGACUCAGUUCCCUCAUCUCCCUAUAUCAAGUCCUCCAUCUUACCAUAGGCCCUCUCCUACGCAACCGCUCCACCGCGUUAACGUUCACUCACAUGCUUCACAGUCGAUACAAGUCAAAAAAGGAUCUCGAAGCUUACUCUGCGCAUCCGAGUCAUAUUGGUGUCGUUAGAGGAAACGUUCUCCCGAUUAUUGAUGAUCUAAUGGCGCUAGAUUGGGUGGCGGAGGAUGUUGACGGUGGUGAAUUGGUUCCGAAUCCGGGGUCGGCGAUUUGUGUGACGUUUUUGAAGUUGAAGGAGGGGGUUGUUAGCGACGAGGUUGUGGGGCUUGAUAAGGAAACUCAUUUAAGUGGAGAAUGGCUGCCUACACGGAGCAAUGCUGAUUUGUGGCAUGUCCAUCACCCAUAUAAUGGGUUGCAGUGGUGA